AUGACGUCCUCAACAUUUUUUCACAAGCCCGAAUUGGCGCUGCGUCGGGCUUUGGAAUUGGAAGGCAUCAACCAGCCAGAAGCAGCAUUGACACUUCUCCAUGAAGUUUUGUCGUCUCGUCGUCACCGUACUUGGGCUCCGUCCUAUGAGCAGAUCAUGAUCACGUACUUGAAUUUGUGUCUCAAGUUGCAUCGAUCUCGAGAGGCCAAGGACGGGUUGCACCAGUAUCGGAAUCUCAGUCAGUCGCAGGCGCCGGGGUCGUUAGAAAAAGUGAUACGAUAUCUCAUGGAAAAAGCCGAAGAGAAAUGUUCCCAAGCCAAGGCAUCUGCCGACGCCGAAGCUGUCUUGGCGGCUACGGCCAUUUCGCCAGGAGCAGACGGUGGUGAUGGAGACGACGGCGAUGGAUUUGCGGCUUCGCCUCAGGCGAUUUUGCUCAGUACCAUGUCCACAGAUCCGGCCAAAUCGCAGCGUGAUUCGACCCUUCUCUUGCCAUCGCUCAAGUUUCUCUGGGAGACCUACCGUGCCGUACUCGAUAUUUUGCGCUCCAACUCCAAAUUGGAACAUGUCUACCACAGCGCCGCCGUGGGUGCGUUGCGCUUUUGCCGUGUCUACAAGCGACGCAUGGAAUUCCGUCAUUUGUGCGACAUGCUGCGAAUGCAUCUAGGCAAUCUACGUCAGUAUGGAAACAUCAAGGCCGUUGGAGAUGAUGGAAAGACCAACAACAAGGUCCGUGGAUGGGAGGGAUGGACGACCGAAGCGAUCGAGUUGCAUCUACAGACUCGUUUUGCCCAAUUGGAAACAGCCAGUGUUUUGCAUCGCUACACGGAAGGUUUCAGGACUGUGGAAGAUAUCUACAACAUUUUGCAGAUUAGUCAGGCACGUCGCAAGACCAAUCCGGAUGCCCCUCCCCCAAAGGCCAAGCUUAUGGCUGCCUACUACGAAAAGCUCACCACGCUGUUCUGGGUCAGUGAGAAUUACCUGUUCCACGCCUUUGCCUGGUACAAGUACUACACUCUGUGCCGUGAAUACAACCGUGGGAUGAGUGAGGAUACCAAACGCAUUCAGGCAUCGGCUGUCCUUUUGGCCGCCCUUUGUAUCCCCACUCUGCCCAAUCAGGCCGGAACCUCGAAUGGAAAGAACCACGAAUUGUCUACCACGGCGGGAGACGAUAUUGUCAAGCAGAAAAUGUCACGCAUGGCUACUUUGCUGGGGUUCCACACGCGCAACCCAAACCGUGAUGCUCUCUUGACGGAAAUCAAGUCCAAGAACAUUUUGGAUCAGGUCCCCGAGUACCUCAAGAAACUUUACUUUCUCUUGGAAGAAACCAGCGACCCCUUGGUGCUCGUGGAACAGGCCCGUCCUCUCUUGGAACAGCUCAAGAAGGAAAUUGGAGCCACCACGUUGACCGAUUCCGAGGCUGACAAUGACGAUGUUGAAGACAACACUCUGGGACGCUACGUGAAACCAUUGACGUCGGUCUUGUUGCUCAAGUUGCUUCAGAAUCUGUCCGCGGCCUACCACACCGUUUCCAUGGACCAUUUGAAGAGCCUUACGAAUGGAUUGGAAAUGUCGUUUGAGCAGGUCGAAAAGGCCAUUGUUUUGUUCACGCAAAGCAAGGCUCUCAGUGUCCGAUUGGACCAUCGCGCCGGAUGCUUGCGCUUUGGAGAUGCCCAACUCGAGUCGGAUGUCAUGCGCUCCCAGCUGACUGUGUUGUCCAAGCAGCUCGAGGCAGUCUGUCACAUUUUGAAUCCACCCGAUAAGUCGGCUCGUCAAGCCAAUCGCGCGGCUGUCUAUCAAGAUGUCCGGGCCAACAUUGUGGAAGAGAACAGGAUCAUUUUGGAUCGCAAGAACAUGAUUGAAAAGCGCAAGGAAGAAGUGGAGCGUUUGGCGCAGGACAAGAUCAAACAGGAACAGCAGCAAAAGGCUGCCGAAGAGGCUGCUCGCAGACAGCAGGAAGAGGCCCGCCGCGUCCGUGAGCAGCGUGAGCGUGAACAAGAAAAGUUGCGCAAGAUCCAAGCGGAACUCGACAACAAGGAAAAGUUGAAGUUCUUGAAGGCCAUGGGUCACAAGACGGAUUCUUUGACGGAUGAACAGAUCCAGAAGAUUGACACUCAGGCAUUGCAGAAGGAGCACCAGGACAAGGUGAACAAGAAGAAGGAAGAAGCGGAGCGCAAGACGAAGGAAGUUGCGAAGAAACUGGACUACCUGGUUCGAGCCAUCCGUAUCGAGGAGCUUCCAUUGAUCAAGGCCAAGUACGAAGAAAAGAACAAGGUUGACAAGGAGCGCUACGAGUCAGAAGUAGCCCAGAAGAAGGAGAAAGCCAAGAUUCAGUGGGAGUCCGAUGUGGCUGCCAAACAGGCCCUCACCGAUCAUUGUGUGUUUGAUUACCUUGACGACUUUGAAUCUAAGAUUAUGGAAGGAAGGAGAGUCAAGCACAAGUCCCUUUGCAGAGCUGCGGAAGACGAGGCCGAGAUUGAAGCUGAGAAAGCCAAGGUUCGUCGUGCUCGCAAGCGCAAGGAUGACGAAGAAAAGCGCAAGGCCGACGAAAUUCGCCGCCGGAAAGAAGAGGAGCAGCGCCUACAGGAGGAAGAGGAACAGCGGAAGAAAGAGGAGGCCCGUAGAGAACGUGAAGCCAAAGAAGAGGAGGCGCGUCGGGCGGAAGUGGCUCGCAUGGAAGAGGAGCGCCAGAAAGAGUCCCAAGCGCAAGAACAACGUGGCACCGGAAGAUUUGCAGGCGCCAGAGUUGGCGGAGCUGGAGGAGGAACGGGUGGCAAGUAUGUACCCCCCUCAAGACGAGGAGGGGGUACUGGUGGCGGAAGUGACGACCGCAAUCGUUAUCCUGGCGGCGGGCGCUACGAUGGCCGACGUGACGAUGGCCGUGGCGGUGGCGGCAGCAGGUUUGGAGGCGGCGAUAGGAGAGAUGAUAGGAGGGACGACAGGUAUGGUGGAGGAGGACGUGGCGGAGGAGAUGAUAGUACGGUGGAGGAGGACGUGGCGGAGGAGAUGAUAGGUACGGAGGAGGACGCGGCGGAGGAGAUGAUAGGUACGGAGGAGGAGGACGCGGCGGAGGAGGAGGCCCGUCCCAGAACCAGAGGUGGAGGUAAAGCACUGGAACAGUGCAUUCCUUGCUUUCCAGCACCUAACACACAAGCAGAAAAGUUGGAUGCGUCGCUCCCCGCAGAAUCGUCCUUCAGAGCCACCUGGCAAAAUUCGAUACAUGUUCUCGCUGUUGAAGCACUAAAACUAAGAAGGAACGUGGCUAAAGGCCAACGCAGUUACAUCACUUCACUACUAGUAGUCUUCUAG